UUUUGUUAUUCGAUCCCGUGACGCCGUGUGAGGGUGUUGUGAUUUAGUGCAAUAUUAAUGAUUCCAUAAUGAAGUCAACGACCAUGGAGUCCUGUUCAGACCGCCUGAGUCCAUCCAGCGAUUUGACAACGGAAUCCGAAACAUCGCUUCCAUUCCCCUACGAACAAACCGGCUUCUACAACGAAAUAAACGACAAACAAUUCUUCUCCUGCAAACAAAAAUCCCCCAAAAAUGAAGAGAGAGCCACAGACGUCAAAAAUUUCGAAUGCUACCUGUCACCUGUCAAAAACAAGAAAUAUUUGAACGUGGAAAUAAAACUCCCGCCGAUAGCGGAUAAUUUUUUUUCUGCAAUAGAAGGCGAAGAUCGCAUGCGGUACGAAUUAAAAAGUUGCGAGCAAAAUCAGAUCGAGAUGAAUAAUUUUGAGAUACCGAUGAGAGAGAAUUAUUUCGAAAAUGAGAAUGUGAGGAGGAAUCUGAACUUUAAUUCUGAACAAGUACAGUGUCUUUGUGAGGCGUUACAACAGAAGGGGGAUAUUGAUACCUUGGCGGCGUUUCUAUGGAGUCUCCCGCCUAGCGAGCUGCUGAGAGGAAAUGAAACUGUUUUGAGGGCGCGCGCUCUAGUGGCCUACCAUCGGGGUGUGUUCCAGGAGCUAUACGCGAUACUGGAGACCCACACCUUCCCACCACGUCACCACACUGACCUGCAGAAUCUGUGGUUCAGAGCGCACUAUAAAGAGGCUGAGAAGGUCAGAGGGAGGGCUCUAGGUGCGGUAGACAAGUACAGACUGCGCAAGAAGUAUCCUCUGCCGAAGACCAUCUGGGAUGGAGAAGAAACGGUCUACUGCUUCAAGGAGAAGAGCAGAAACGCGCUCAAAGACUGCUACUAUAGGAACAGAUACCCAACUCCUGACGAGAAGCGGGCCCUAGCCAAGAAGACGGGUCUGACUCUUACCCAGGUGUCCAACUGGUUUAAGAACAGGCGACAGAGAGACAGGACACCACAGCAGCCUAAUAGAACUGACGUCCUCGUCCCAGCGCAGUACGUGGGUCCUCAGAGCGGACUCGCCCAGAGUUUCCUACCAAACGCCUACUACAAGAUACAAGAUACACACUACCUCCAUGGGAAUGGAUCUUGAAUAAUGCCAUUAAAAAAAAAUUAGUAUUCCUGUUUUAAAAGAAUUUAAUAUCUAGUAUAAAACUUAAAAGUUGAAAUGAAAAUGCCCAAUAGGUACACCACGUUGCUGCAGAUGUCUUUCGGUACGGUACUGUAUUUCUUCCUACACCAAUUUUUUUUGCUUAAAAUUAACUUUUUGGUAUUUCAAAAAUUGUAAAAGGUACCUAAGUUUGUACUUAUCCGAAUUUCGAUUCGUAGUUUUUAUUGCUCUUUUUGGGAAUUUGUAAUUAAUAAAAGGUUAGUCAGAAGAUGAAGAAAUGAAAGCCAUGUAUUUGCCAUAUAUUAUAUAAAUACCUACUUAGGCUAAUAUGUUAGUAGAAAUAGUAAUAUUACUGAUAUGAAAAGAC